AUGCUGUUCAAGUCGUCCCUCCUCGCUUUUCUGGCCUUGCAGGUCUUUGGCGCAGUUGCUCAAGAGGAGCCUGUUGCCGAGCCUGCUACUGCUGCCGAGGCCUCCACCCUCAACGCCGACAUCAGAACCUCGUUCCCCGACUCCGACAUCCUCGGCCUCAAGCUGGUCAAUGGCCGCACCACGACGGCCCUCGUCGAGGUCACCAACCACGAAGAUGGCCCCAUCCAGUUCCUCUUCGCCAACGGCGCGCUGUGGACGCCCGAGGACCUCGCCGACGAUGUGCCCGCCUACCAGGGCAUUGUGCGCAACCUGACCAUGGUGCAGUACAGCCUGGAGAUUGAGUCUGGCGAGACAAAGUCGUUCCCCUACUCGUUUGUGCUCGACAUGAACCCGCAGGAUGUGCGCCUGCGCCUGCUUGCCGUCUUCACCAAUGCCGAGGGCGUCGUCUUCCAGGUGCCUGCGUAUGAGGGCAGCACCGCCAUUGUCGAGGCUCCCACCAGCUUCCUCGAUCCCCAAAUCAUCUUCCUCUACCUCGUCCUCACUGCCGCCUUCGGAGGCACCCUCUACUUCGUCUACAAGACCUGGAUCGAGGCCCUGUUCCCCCAGGCCAAGAAGACGCGCGCCCCCAAGAAGCCCGUCCAGAAGCCCGUCGACCCCGCCGAUGCCCUCUCCGGCUCCGAGUCCGCCGGCAAGUCGUACGACGAGAGCUGGAUUCCCGACCACCACAUCAACCGCCCUGUCGCCAAGCGCGUAAAGUCUAGCGCCAGCAGCAAGAAGAAGGUUGUCGAGUAG